AGUCGUUACGUUCGGUCAUAGUUCGUUCAGUGACCGCACGAUCUUUUCGACGGAUACAUGUGUCAGCUUCCCCGAAAUAUUAUCGUGAAUUAUAUCGUUGAUAUAAAUAUUUAUUGUUAAAUUGUCUAAAUAGUUUAAUACAUUAACAAAGAUGCCUGAAACAUUUUUCAAACAAAACGGAGGCAGAUGCAAGAUGGAGACGGUGGACAAACUGUUCAACCCGGUGCUGGAGAAGACGGACGACACCGGCAGCAAGGUGACGGUGGUGGGCACCGGCCAGGUCGGCAUGGCUGCUGUCUUCUCCAUGCUCACGCAGGGGGUGACCAAUAACAUCGCGCUUGUGGACGUGAUGGCAGACAAGCUGAAAGGCGAGAUGAUGGACCUCCAACACGGAUCUGCAUUCAUGAGGAACGCCAAGAUCCAGGCCAGCACAGACUACGCGAUCUCGACCGGGUCCAAGAUCUGCGUGGUGACGGCCGGGGUGAGACAGCGGGAGGGGGAGUCCAGGCUGGACCUGGUACAGAGGAACACUGACGUCUUGAAGCACAUUAUACCACCGUUGGUGAAGCACAGUCCAGACGCGGUGUUCAUAAUCGCCAGCAACCCCGUGGAUAUCCUGACGUACGUGACGUGGAAGCUGAGCGGGCUGCCAAAACACCGUGUUAUCGGCUCCGGCACCAACCUGGACUCCGCGAGGUUCCGCUACCUCCUCUCCGAGAAGCUAGGAGUCGCCACUACUUCCACCCACGGCUAUAUUAUUGGAGAACACGGAGACAGCAGCGUUCCCGUGUGGUCGGGCGUCAACAUAGCCGGCGUCCGCCUCAGCGACCUCAACCCGACGAUCGGCACCGACGGGGACAAGGAGAAGUGGGGGGACACCCACAAGAUGGUCGUUCAGAGCGCGUACGAAGUCAUCAAGCUGAAGGGCUACACCUCCUGGGCCAUCGGGCUCUCGCUUGCCCAGCUGGCCAGGGCUGUCCUCUCUAAUGCGAACAGUGUCCACGCCGUGUCCACUUAUAUCAAGGGUAUGCACGGAGUAGAAGACGAGGUGUUCCUAUCGCUGCCGUGCGUGCUGGGCCAGAACGGGGUAUACGACGUGAUCCGCCAGCCCCUCACCGACACUGAGGCGGCGCAGCUCCGCAAGUCGGCCGAGCUGAUGGGGCAAGUUCAAGAGGGCAUCAAGUUCUAGACCUUUUGGCGGACACAAUCAUUCGCGUAAGAUUUCACACAAGACAAGGCAAGACGACAUUAUCAUACUGUGGCAUUGUCGUAGACAGAAUAGUAGUAGUCGCAGGUUUUUUCUAUGAUGUGCAGACAAAAUAACAUAAAUGUUUUAAAUAUUACGAUAUGUUAGGCUUUCCUCUAGAUCGUAGACUGCAAAGCCCUUCAUGGGUUAGCGCGUCUAAUGUACUUUGAAAAUAAAAGGAAGCACUUGCUAUAGCUUUAGUGCAAAUACUCAUGUCAAUGGUAUUCAGAAUCUUAAGUGAUAAAAAAUAAGCGGCAAAUUACGGGAUAUCUAGAAUUUUUCUUGUAGAUUAUACCAUUACAAUGUAAAAUGUUUUGUCGCUUUACACGACUACUACUAUGGCAUUUUGGUGGCAUUUAGACAUUGUAAACCUGAAAUACUACAACUCUCUCUCUCCUUAUCUAUUUCCAGUUGAGUCCUCAACCGCGCCAUCUUCUAUUUUAUUUCAUAAUCAGAGAAAUCUAUCUAAUAAAAACAAAGUACCUACCUCAAUGACACUGCCUUAAUGUAACUAGGUACUUAUCUGUUCAUUUAGUCAUGUAUUUAUAGAUAUAGAAGUAGGCUCUGCAUCUACUUAAGGUUUACUACAAUCGUUGCUUUUGUCAAGCGUUGUAAAACUGCAUAAUUUUUUAAAAUAUUUGUGAUUAUAUAACUGUUUUUCAUGACAAUCUUUUAAUCCUUUUCAUGUGAUAUUUCUUAUCGAAUUUAUCAAAUGACAGCAUUAUUUUACGAACAUAUGACAUAGCCAUUUUCGCCUUGGUAUUUUUAUAAUAGGUAAUUGUAUAUUAUAUUAUAGAAUAUAGGUCUAUAAAUUAUAUAUAUUUGUAAGUGCAUCACCCUUUUACUAGAGCACACACAAAAAUAUGAAUAUUCAAAUUACUAAGAAGUCCUCAAUUCGUAUACAGUCGCUACUUAGGUUUAGACAGAGAUAGCAUGAGAAUUAUAGGGACAUCUUUGUUUAAAAUACUUGUGUAUAUUCGAGUGCAGUAUUUAUACGUUAUUUUCUCAGUAUUAAGUCCAGUUUGUUACGGUGUUUAAGUAAAAGCUUAAUAAAACAUUUUACAACUAGUUAAAUUUAUCUAUAGUCAAUGUAUUGAUCUGUGUGGUUAUAAAGGCAAAAAAGCACCUCAUAUAUUUUGUAUUGCACUAUACGUGUUGUAACUAGCGACGGCUCUCGGCCUCGCUCGAUUGUAUUUAAUAGUGGUAAGAACAAAUGUGACAGUGAUCAUUUUAUUAAUCUUUCGUAAUUUUACAUUUUCCCAGUGUAUAAGCAAAAUUAAUUGAUGUUUUAAUAAAAUAUAUUACUUACGUACAAA